AUGACCAGACAAAGACCAAACAAAGACCAGACAAAGACCAGACAAAGACCAAACAAAGAUCAGACAAAGACCAAACAAAGAUCAGACAAAGACCAGACAAAGCAAAGACCAGACAAAGACCAGACAAAGACCAAACAAAGAUCAGACAAUGACCAGACAAAGAUCAGACAAAGACCAGACAAAGACCAGACAAAGACCAAACAAAGAUCAGACAAAGACCAAACAAAGAUCAGACAAAGACCAGACAAAGCAAAGACCAGGCAAAGACCAAACAAAGACCAGACAAAGACCAGACAAAGACCAGACAAAGAUCAGACAAAGACCAGACAAAGAUCAGACAAAGCAAAGAUCAGACAAAGACCAGACAAAGAUCAGACAAAGACCAGACAAAGACCAAACAAAGACCAGACAAAGAUCAUGUAA